AUGCCAAUAAUAAUCAGCAAAAUCUUCAAAGGAAUGGCAGCCGAUCAAACUGGCGAACUAUUUUUGGGUGAUGUAAUUGUAUCAGUGAACGGGGAAAGUCUAUUAGACGCAUCACACGAUGAAGCUGUUCGAGCACUGAAAAGAGCUGGAAGAGUUGUUGAUCUACAAGUUCAGUAUCGACGGGAAGAUCUGAUGCAUCGGGAGAAUAUUGUUGAAAAUGUUGAGUGGGAUGAUGAUGUGCGGGAGCGGGUAAGGACUAUUGGAUUGAAAUUGGCGUAUGUGGCGAGAGCGGGAAUUGAUGCGGAUGCGGAAAGCCGGAUUUUGGAGAUGAGGAGUCCGUCGGGUAAGUUCAGAGGAAGGGAAGGGACUAGGCUAGACUCUAGUUAAGGCUUAGUUAGUACCGUAGUCCAACCAACUGUAAACUACAACACUCAACAAUUCUACUUAUAUUCAAGGUCGUUAUUCUCUUGCAAUCCGAUGCUCAACUGCUGAAGAAGCCGAUGGUUGGUUCGAAGCUCUUCAUGCUUGCACAACAUGCCUUCUAACACAAGCACUAGCUCAGGUUAACAUAAUGCUAGGAGGAAAUCCCCAAAUCCGACACAUGGGUUGGAUUGCUGAACAGAUAUCCGAAGAAGGAAUGACGAUGUGGAAACCACGAUUUAUGACAUUGACGAAUAGUGAAAUAUUGUUCUAUGAAGCUGUGCCGCAAUUGAAAGCAGAGUGGGCGGAGCCACGAUUGGCGAGGCCUUUGGUGGCGACGAGGGUGGUACAGACGAGUUCGAGAUCAGCACCGGUUAUCAAGGGUUAGUUCCGAAGUAGGCUGCUAUAUGCCGAAUUUCAACUAUUUCAGGUCUAACCGAUGUAAUCUCCUUCCGCAUGCGUACUGGCACACAACAAGGUGUUCGAACUCAUACAAUUCGCGUCGAAACACACGCCGAACUCGCUCGUUGGGUUCGAGCCAUUGUAAUUGGGGGAUACGAAGCGUGUCUUGCCACGUCACAAGUCUCCGCCCCUUGCUUAUGGCGAGGCGAAUCAUGUGAGAUGAUUAUUAAUUUGGAUAAUGGAGUGUCGUUGUUGUCGACGACGGGAGAGGUAGGCUUUUUAUUGGUUUCGCCACGUGACAUUACUCUUAAGGCACCAAGCUCCAAAAGAAUAGAUUUGUUAUCUAAAUAUUAUGGAUUAAAAUGAUGAAUCCUCGUUUCGUAGUCAUUCCGAAUUCCCCGAUUUUUCAAAUCUAGCUCAAUUUUAUGGAUAAGAAUGAUGAAUCGUACGAUACCUUUUUAAAUUAACUCACAGGCUUUGCAACAUUUCAAAAAAUAGUGCAGAAAAAAAAUGCGACAAUCCAAACAUUUUGAAAAAUAAGAAAUGAGCAAAAUAUCUCACGUCAAAUCAUUUAAGCUCAAAUCUAGGGCACAAAAGUAUGUCAAGCGGACAGACAGACCACCGUUUGAUAUAUAAGAAAGAAGAAAGAUUUUUUUAUCCAAAACCUGGUUUUGGUGGCCUAGAAACGUUCAUAGAUCAAAGUGUCUGGAAUCUGAGUAUUUGGUCUAAAUCCCCCCCCCCCCCCAAUUAACCUCAAAAAUAAACAUUUAAAAAAAUUUCAAGGUACUGUGGCAACAUUCGUUCGAAACGAUUCGGGCAACCGGCGACGACGGUGGUCGAUUUUUAUGGCUCGAUUUCGGACCGCCGACCGGUGAACAGGUAAAAAUUCAGCAAAAAAUUCAAUUUUUCAUGAAAAACAACAAAAUCAACAAUUUUUAAAUUCAAGGAACUCGAUCUUCUCAACUCGGCCAAACCCGUUGUUUUCAUUUUGCACUCAUUUUUGGCGACAAAAGUGUAUCGAUUGGGAUUGUAUGCAUAG